AUGAUUGUACAUCAAUUUGGAAUUCCACAAUCAAUCACUACUGACCAGGGCAUUAUGUUCACUGGUAAAGAAAUGCAAGAAUUUGCUACAGAUUAUGGAAUAAAAUUGUUGACAUCUGCUCCUUAUUAUGCUCAGGCCAAUGGCCAAGCUGAAUCUUCUAACAAAAUUAUCAUCAACAUAGUUCAAAAAAUGUUGGAAGAAAACCCAAGGGAUUGGCAUAGAAUUUUGUUAGAGGCACUAUGGGCAUAUCGUACCUCUAGACGAAUUGCUACUGGAGUAAGUCCAUUUAUGUUAACCUAUGGUCAUGACGCAGUGUUACCUAUGGAGGUGGUAGUGAAAACUUUGAGGGUGGCUAAGCAGAAUCAUCUGACUCCAGAGGAAUAUAGCGAAACCAUGAUGAUAGAGCUGUAA